AUGAAGAACCAACGCGACAAGCUCCAUCAGUAUCAGCGAAGAAUUACCGUCCUAACGGACCGAGAAACCGACAUUGCAAAGCAGAUGCUUGCAAAGGGCGACAAGAAGAGAGCACUGCUUGCACUGCGACGAAAGAAAUACCAGGAGUCUUUGCUGGCGAAGACGGAUGCGCAGCUCGAGCAACUCGAGAAGCUGACAUCAAACGUGGAGUUUGCCUUGAUACAGAAGGAUGUCGUCUUCGGGCUACAACAGGGUACCAAGGUUCUGAAGGAGAUCCACCAGGAGAUGGGUGGCAUCGAACAUGUAGAGAAGCUGAUGGGCGAAACUGCCGAUGCGAUAGCAUAUCAGAACGAGGUUAGCGAGAUGCUUGGCGAUAGGAUAACAAAUCAAGAUGAAGAGGAGGUAGAGGAGGAACUAGCAGCGCUUGCAGCCGAGAUGGCAGGACCGUUGCCAACUGUUCCAGACACCGAAUUACCAGAGCAGCAGGUCGAGGAAGAACCACAACCAUCUCGUGUGAAACAAAAAGAGCGGCAGGCAAUGCUAGCAUCAUGA